UGUGGGAGGCAGAUGUGUGACCACGAUGACUUUUGGAUAUCCUUGUUUUUCCCCUCUCCUGUUAACUUUGGCUGCUGCCUGGUGAAUGUUGUCCUGUCCUGUCAGCCCACACAUUCUGCCAUCGCCAUCUGGGAGUGCAUGUGUUCCUGUCCCCUGGGAGGAGGUGACAAAUGCAUCUUCUGCAACUGGUGCUGGAAAAUGAGAGAAAAUUACCCCCCCUCAGGGCAGUUUGCAGUCCAGAGAGCUGGGAGCUGAACUUAAAUGAGAUUAUAUGUCAUAGCUUCAAAUACUGAUCUUAAUGUCCAAAGAAAUGCCUGCUAAACUGGGUUUCGUUAUUUUUCAGGUUUUCAGGAUGAAUCUGGAAAAACUCAGCAAACCAGAGCUACUGACGCUGUUUAGCAUUCUCGAGGGAGAAUUAGAAGCAAGAGAUCUUGUCAUUGAGGCUUUAAAGGCCCAGCACAGGGACACAUUCAUCGAGGAGCGCUAUGGGAAAUACAACAUCAGUGAUCCACUGAUGGCUCUGCAGAGAGACUUUGAGACACUGAAGGAGGGGAACCAUGGUGAAAAGCAGCCAGUAUGCUCCAAUCCUUUGUCUAUUUUGAAAGUGGUGAUGAAACACUGCAAGAAUAUGCAGGAGAGAAUGUUAUCCCAACUGGCUGCUGCAGAAAGCAGGCACAGAAAGGUAGGUGUUGCCUCAAUUAGGAUGUGCAGAGGUUACAGCUGCAUUUUAAUGACAAGUGUGGAGUUUGAAAAGUCCCAAGUGAAGAAGUUUGAGAAGGAGCAGAAGAAGCUGUCGAGCCAGUUGGAGGAGGAAAGGGCACGCCACAAGCAACUGUCAUCCAUGCUUGUUGUGGAGUGCAAGAAAGCCACUGCCAAAGCAGCUGAAGAGGGCCAGAAGACAGCAGAGCUGAGCUUGAAACUGGAAAAGGAGAAGAGUAAGGUGAGUAAACUGGAAGAGGAGCUGGCAGCCAAGAGGAAGCGGGGCUUGCAGAUGGAAGCACAAGUAGAAAAGCAGCUCUCAGAGUUUGACAUUGAAAGAGAGCAGCUGAAAGCUAAGCUGAACAGAGAAGAAAACCGUACAAAAGCACUCAAAGAAGAGGUGGAGUGUCUGAAGAAAGCCCUGAAAGAGCUGGAGGCUUCCUGCCAGGAGCACAGUCCCCCCAAGGCCGUGCAUCCCAGCCCCUCGGUGACGUCCAGGGGGGUCACAACUGACAGUCCCGCAGUGAAGUCAGUGUCCUGCCAGACCGAGGGCCUGCAGGCAGAGCGAGCAGCCCCUGCCAGCGCCAGCAGAGCUGCCCACGCCGUGUUUGCCAGCGCCCCUGCCCCUGCUCACUCCUAUGCAAAGUCCAACGGGCACUGUGACACAGACGGGCCGAUGGCUGGGGACACGCAUGCUGCAGAGAGCCCAGCUCACAGGGAGAAGCCUGCCGCAGCCCCCGAGGGUGCAGUGGAGAAUGGGAGCUCCCCUGCAAGAACAGAGUCCCCGGUGCACCAGCUCCCCUCCGCUGGGGCGUCCCUGUCCCCCAGCAGCACAGCUGCCUCCUCCCUCACCCCGUCUCCCUGCUCCUCCCCAGUGCUGGCCAAGCGCCUGGUGGGAGCCUCUGCCGGCAGCCCUGGCUACCAGUCCUCCUACCAGGUGGGCAUCAACCAGCGCUUCCACGCGGCCAGGCACAAGUUCCAGUCCCANUGGGGAGCAAGAGCUCAGAAAGGCAACAAGGGGGAAAGCGUGGAGAGGCGCCCACGCACCUCCUGA